AUGGAAGCAAGAAGUGCUGUGCACAUACUCAAUGCUCCAAGCACCAAAAGUCUGAAGUAUGCAAUCCGAUCUGGUCUCAUCAAGAACUGUCGUAUCACUGAAGAAGCGACCAAUCAUGCCGAAGCAAUCUUUGGACCUGACGCAUCUACUUUGAAAGGCAAGUCGACAAGACCAACUCCGAAGAAGACACACAAUGACUUCUUCAGUCCACCAGAGGAAUUGUAUCAACACAAUCGAACAAUUACCGUCUGUAUUGAUCACAUGGAGAUCAAGAAUGCUAAGUUUCUCACCUGCAUUGAUACCACUGUGCGUUAUCGCUCAUGUAUUCCCGUGCAGAACCUGAAGACUGACCCUGUAUUUGACGCAUUGGAUAAGAUAUUCCGCCGCUACAAUAAGGCAGGCUUUCAUGUCAAGACAAUCAAGUGUGAUUGA